UGUACUUUUAACCAAUCAAUUGCGCUUAUUGGAUUACCGACAGAGGGCGCUUCAAAGAUGGCGGAACGUCAGAAGUUUGGAUACGAGCAAACCUUGCUGUAUGGAAGAUACACAAGGGAACUUGGUUCUUUUGCCAAAUUCACAGCAAAGAGGUUGAGGAAAGAAGCUAAGUUACAAAGAGAGGAAGAAAAACCACCCUCAGGAAUAUGGAUUUACUUGAGACGAUGUUCAGUUGUGAAAGACUUCAUAUUCAGGAAGAUAGGCGAGGACUGGCUGUUCCUGGCCCUACUGGGUGUUCUCAUGGCGUUCCUGAGUUUUUCCAUGGAUUACGUCAUAGAGAAGUGCCAAGAAGCCAAGUUCUGGCUCUACAAGGAGCUGGAGUUCUCCAUCGCACUGCAAUACUUCGCAUGGAUCUCCUACUCUGUGCUUUUUAUUUUAUUUGCCACGGGCUUCACACACCUCGUCUCACCUCAAGCUGUGGGGUCUGGUAUUCCCGAGAUGAAGACUAUAUUGAGAGGAGUGGUACUUAAAGAAUACCUCACAUUUCGAACAUUGAUUGCCAAAGUUAUAGGCCUGUGUUCAUCACUGGGCAGCACUCUGCCACUGGGGAAGGAGGGUCCCUUUGUCCAUAUAGCCAGUAUUGUGGCCACUCUACUCAGUAAAAUGAUUCUCUCCUUCAGAGGGAUAUUUGAGAAUGAAUCUCGGCGGUCGGAGAUGUUGGCUGCAGCGUGUGCUGUGGGUGUGGCAGGAACCUUCGCUGCCCCCAUCGGAGGUGUGCUGUUCAGUAUUGAAGUAACAGCGACCUAUUUCGCCGUGAGGAACUACUGGCGCUGAUUCUUCUCGGCCGUCUGUGGAGCCCUCGUGUUCCGGCUGCUAGCUCUGUGGUUCAAAGAUGAAGAAACAAUUACUGCCGUUUUCAGGACUAGUUUACGUACAGAGUUUCCUUUUGAUGCGUUGGAGUUGAUUGCUUUUGCUGCAAUAGGAGUUGCCUGUGGAUUCGGAGGCGCAUUGUUUAUUUUAAUGCACAGAAAGAUAAUCUUAUUGAUGAGAAGACAUAAGAGAAUAUCUUUAUUUUUACAGAAAAAUCGAUUUAUCUACCCGGGGCUGGUGGCUCUGGUGAUCUCAUCUCUGACAUUCCCUCCAGGCCUCGGUCAGUUCUUCGCUGGACACCUGACCAAUCGUCAAGCAAUCAACGAGUUGUUCAGCAACAUCACCUGGACAACGGGGCAGGCGGAGGACUUGGACGAUGAAGCCAUCCUGCAGCACUGGCGCCACCCACAGACCAACAUCUACGUCACUCUGGUGCUCUUCAUCAUCAUGACAUUCCAGAUGGGGGUGUUCUCAAACACUCUCCCCAUUCCUGCAGGAAUAUUUGUGCCAGUCUUCACUGUAGGUGCCGCAUUCGGUCGUCUGGUGGGAGAAAGUAUGGCUGCCUGGUUUCCCGGAGGCAUCAAAUCCGGAGAUGUGCUGAGGAAAAUAGUACCUGGAGGUUACGCUGUUGUAGGGGCUGCGUCGCUGUCAGGCAGCGUGACACGGACAAUUUCAACAGCUGUGAUUGUGUUUGAGGUGACUGGGCAGAUCAGCCAUGUGCUCCCUGCAGUGUUGUCGGUGCUGAUUGCAAAUGCUGUGGCCAACCUGUUUGAGCCAUCCUUCUACGACAGCAUCAUCCGUCUGAAGAGACUGCCGUACCUGCCAGACAUCGUGUCCAGCAAGUCAAGCACCUGGAAUGUGUUUGUGGAGGACUUUAUGGUGAAGGACAUCGGCUACAUUGCCUUCAACUCCACCUACGGUGAUCUCCAUCGACUUAUGUCAACCACAUUCUUCAGGUGCUACCCCCUUGUGGACUCCCCAGACUCCAUGGUGCUCCUGGGCUCCAUACAGCGCUAUGAGCUUGAGCGGAUGCUAUUGCUUCACCUCAGCUACGACCAGACAUACAGCACCGACCCCCUGGACGACCUGGAGUCCGGUCGCUCCUCACCAUCAAUGGCCUCCCUGGCCGUCAUACCUGAUGCAGACCUCCCACCUCGACCUCGGUUUGUAGUGACCAAAGUGGAUGACCCUCCACCAGUACCUCCAUCCAACGGGAAUGACAUCCAGAUGAAUAUGCUGACAGUGCCUUCCAACGACUCCCUCAACAUGCACAGUGCUGACAACUACAACACUUACCAAGGCCCUCUCCGCUCCAUUCUGAAGAAGUCUUCCUCGUCUCAAGACUUGCCGCGGAGAGCCAGCACGGGGGACCUCAAAGGUGAUGUUAAUAAAUUUUACAGAAAACUUGCCAAUCAAAGAAAAGAAAGUAUUGUUGAAGACAGACCAUUUACAAUACAGAAGGGCAGUCUUCACAGUCUGUGUAAGAAGGUCAAGCUGCCCCCAGAGCCCAUGAAGGUGAAAAACCUGCCCCAAGAAGAGCAAGAGGCAUGGGAACAGUCACAGCUACUUCAAGGCAUACAGUGGGAGGGCGUACAAAUAGACCCCGCCCCCUUCCAGCUGGUAGAGAGGACCUCCCUGCAUAAGGUGCACUCCCUGUUUUCUCUGCUGGGGCUGAACCAUGCGUAUGUGACCAACACUGGCAAGCUGGUGGGUGUGGUCGGACUCAAACAGUUGCGAGUUGCCGUCCAAGGCCACCUGGAUGCCCAGGCUGCGAACAAGGAUGUAGAGCAGAGUGAUGAGGAGCUGGAUGACCCAGCCGAGCUGGAGGUCGAACACCCGGGACCUGAAGAACCCUACACCCUGGUCACUAACGAGCAGGACAGUAUCGAGAAGACAGUGUAGGGAGCCGUUUGGAGCAUGUACGCACUCAUUACUUGUGAUAGGGAUAGGACCUGCUGCUGCUGCUUGGCCAGAAUCUUCCUACAGUGUCAAACUCAUCAUUCUUAAUUCAUUGACAAGUGAAGACAGUACUUAGUGUGCUACAUAGUUAGUUUCUACUUUCAUAAAAGAAAUGACAGAUAAAAAGUAUUUGAAAAUAAAGUCAUCAUGACUUUUGUGUUAGAAGAAGCUGCUGAAAAAGACUCCAUCUUGUCAAGUCUGUACUUUUGGGACCAACAUGUCUUGACCUUACAAGCAGAGGAUAAUUUAACCAUGGUCUCACCUACUAUACUUGGCAAUAUUUGGGAGUUUGUGCUGCUUUGCUCAAACACCACUGCAGAGAUGUGAGAACGGAUGUCUCCGAAUAUGCUCAGCUCAUAGGCUCAAGUUGUACAGACUACAUCUGAUGGAUACCACGGCACUCCACACCAAGCCUCACGAGCACUCUACCAGGCCACAGCGACUGUUUCUCAGAUUCACAAGACAGAGCUGUGUGUCAUUCACUGCCAUGGUUGUCGUAACGAUACUGCAAAGCAUUCGUAUAGUUUUUACUUAUCCUGACAGGCAGCAGCAAAUAAUAUGAUUGUAAUGAGAAUACCACGAAUCACAGAAACACGCAGUCUGAAUUGCACCGAGCCUAAAACUUUUGAAAGACCACAACUAACUAUAACUGAAUAACAAACACCCUUCCAUAGUUGAUUCAACCACUCUCAAAAUGACUUCCAAAAAAUGUAAUUUCUUAAGUAAAAUUGAUAUUUUUAUACUUAUCCUGACUCAUGAUAUUUUGCUUAUUUCCCUUUCCUUUUCUAAUGGUAGUGGAACACUUGAAUCCCUUGAAGUUCCCGAAGCAGACGUAAACAUACACUCACCCACGAGUUACC